AUGGCAGUUUCAGGCCCCAUUAAGCCCACGGCCCCGACUUUGGGCCUGCGUUCUCAGCGUUCAACCCAGCGCCUCAACCAGAUUGAGAAGAUCAGAGCCAACGGCAUCGGCGAUCUCGUGGACCUGCCACAGCUGGUCGUGUGCGGCGAUCAGUCCGCCGGCAAAAGCUCUGUUCUCGAGGGCAUCACCGGCAUACCGUUCCCUCGACAAGAGGGGCUUUGCACCCGGUUUCCCACGGAGAUCAUCCUACGCCAUUCCAAUGAGCCGUUGAGGACCAAGGCAUCCAUCCGUCCUCACUCCGGUCGCUCGGCGGAGAUGGCAAGGACCCUUCGCAGCUAUGAGCGCGAGAUGAAGGAAGACCUUUCGGACCUUCCGGUCGCCAUCGAGGAAGUUUCUAAGCUCAUGGGUAUCCGUGGCUUCACCGACUCCCAGACCGACGCAGCUUUCGCCUCGGACGCCCUCCGUAUCGAGGUCACGGGUCCCACGGGUUUACAGCUCAGCAUCGUCGACCUCCCCGGCCUCAUCUCCGUCGCAAACGAGGAGCAGUCUGAGGCGGAUGUCGAAGCCGUCCACGCCAUGGUCAGGGGCUACCUGUCCAGCUCCAGGACCAUCAUCCUCGCCGUCGUCCAGGCAAGCAACGACAUCGCCAACCAGGGCAUCAUGAAAAUCGCCCGCGAGUACGAUCCGGACGGCCAGCGCACAGUCGGCAUCAUCACUAAGCCCGAUCUUAUCAACGCCGGCACCGAGGCCAAACUGGCCAGCAUCGCCAAGAACAAGGACUCAAUCAAGCUGAAGCUAGGCUUCUUCCUACUCAAGAACCCAAGUCCUGCCGAGAUGAAGGCGUCGAGCACGAAGCUGAGCCGUGCCGAGCGGGAAAUGAACUUUUUCUUGUCGGCGGUUUGGAAAGCCCAGGAUCUCGACAUGAGCCGCGUCGGCAUCGAGAACCUCAAGGUGUUUUUGCAGGAGCUCUUGGAUGAGCACCUCGAGAGGGAGAUGCCCAAGCUCAAGGGCGAAAUCAGACGUGUCUUGGAAUCCAAGGAGAAAGAGCUCGAAGCCAUGGGACCUGAGCGCCGGUCCCUGGGGGAUAUCCGAUCCUUCAUGACAAACCUGAGCAUGCGGUACUUCACGCUCGCCCAGGCCGCCCUCGAAGGAAACUACCAUAGCUCGGACGCGCAGUUCUUCGACAAGAAGAACGGGACUCGGCUCCGUUCUCUCGUCCAUCAGCAAAAUGGCCAGUUCGCCGCCCUGAUCCGUACGCGUGGCCACAAACGGGACAUGCUGAGCGACGGCGAGGAUCUCGAGACCGUGAAAGGCAGUGAUGCGGAUCCACAGCUGGUGGUCAGCAGAGGCGAGAUGAUCUCAUGGAUUCAAGAAACAUAUUUGCAGACGAGGGGCCGUGAGCUGCCGGGUAACUACAACCACGUCCUUCUUGCCGAGCUCUUCCAUGAACAGUCCAGCCCGUGGCGCAAGAUCGCUGAGAAUCACGUCUCGGAGGUUGUGGACGGGGUCUGCAAAUGGGUCCAUCAGGCCGUCUUCUGCCUCUUCCCCGAGGACCGCCUGCGACGAGACCUGGAGAUGAUCUGUCAAGAGCGGCUGGAGAGGUGCAGAGCUCACGCGUUUGAAGAGUUGCGCAAGAUAUUGCUUGACGAGGAGCGGCAUCCCAUCACGUACAACCACUACUACACGGACAACAUCCAGAAAGCCCGCACCGAUUCGCAAAAGGCAGCCUUCCAGGGCGUCAUGAAUGGCUUGACGUCGAGAUACGACAUGAGGAUCUCCGAGGACAGAGACCAGCUUAUUAAGAUAUUGCAGCCUAAGAUGUGCGUCAACAUGGACCAACAGGCCUGCGAAGAAGCUCUGGCUGGACUGAACGCGUAUUACAAGGUUGCGAUGAAGACUUUCGUGGACAACGUGUGUCGGCAGGUGAUUGAGCGACACAUCUUGGGCCCGCUGCCAGAGAUUUUCUAUCCCAACACAGUCUCCCAAUUUUCAGACGAGGAGCUGCUUCGUAUCGGCUCCGAGUCCGAGCGAGAGACUUCACGACGUCAGAAGCUGGGUGAGGCGGCCGAGGGACUUCGGAAUAGCCUCCUAGAGCUGCAGGGCUUCUCAGGUUAG